AUCAAUGUCCUGAGGAGAAGUGCUGAAAUGACUUGACUGUAUAUGUUUGUUUUAUUGUCAAGCAGCAGGCGAGACCAGAGAGAGAGAUAGAAUAUCAACCACGGAAGGAGAGACACAUGAGAGAGACAGACAUCCAGACAAUACAAAGAAAGGAGAGACCUGGAAGGGAGGUUCACUGUCACACUAUACAGAGAAAGGCUGCCACUACCACAGACCCUGAUGCAGAGCCUGCAGUGGGCCACAGGUCUAAGUGUGCUAUCCCCAACCCCCCCUCCACGCUGGACAAGCAGACCAACUGGUCCAAGGCCCUGCCACUGCCCACUCCCCAGGAGAGGAUGAAGAGUGACCCAGCUGUCGUGUCCUCAUGCAUCAUCCCCAUCAAUGUCACUGGGGUGGGGUUCGACAGGGAGGCUAGCGUGCGCUGCUCCCUGGUACACUCCCAGUCUGUGCUGCAGAGGAGGAGGAAGCUGAGGAGGAGGAAGACCAUCACUGGUAUCCCCAGACGAGUUCAACAGGACAUGGACUCUGAUGAGUCUCCGGUGGCGAGGGAGAGGACAGUGAUCAUCCACGCCAACCCUCACCUGUCCCUCUGUCAGGAGGAGCUCUCCCUCCGAGGGGGACACACCAAGGACUCCGGCUGCCAGACGGAUGACUGCCUGACCGGUGGCGGUGGCGCCCCGUCCAGGAGACGUAUACGUGCCCAGCGCGGCGGCCAGGGGGGCAUCCCCGCCUCCCUCUCCCACUCCACAGGGAACAUCUCCUCGCUUCCCGACCACCCUGACACCGCCAUGUACACCGCCUCGGGCUCCCGCCUACGCUCCCGCAGCCUCCCCCGCGAGGGAGGCCGCAUCCGCGACGAGGACCAGGACGACAGUGAUGAAGAUGACGAUGAUGAUGACGACGAUGAUGAUGAUGACGAUGAGGAGCUCUCUCCGUACGAGACGGGAACGGGGCCGAGGAUGUUGAAGGACGAGGAGGAGAGUGCGGACGACCAGGCCAUGCCAGAGCUGCAGCAAGGAGACGGGGGGAGUCCAGAACACAUGUGGAUGGAGAGGGGUCGCUCCCGUCUCCCCCGUCAGGUUGACAUGGGGAGCUGUGAGAUCUCCUCCAGCUCAGACACCUUCAGCAGCCCUAUCCACUCUGUCUCCACCACGGGGGUGCUGAGAGGACAGAUAGACCACAAG